CAGGACUCCAUUUCCGCGUUCGCUCACGAACAGUCCGGCCGUCUCUGCGGUUAGUUUACCUAAAACUUACUCUGUCACAAAUCGCAGGAAACUACUACAAAGAUGCCGAGAACUUGGCGACCGCUUGUCUCAGUACUCUCCUUGGUGACAAUGGCAUCAUUGUUGGCCGUCACAACUCCAACAGAACGUUUUGAAAAGAGUUGCUUCUUCGAUGGGUACAGUCAAAAGCCUACCGGUUUUCUGGACAUCGCCCUGGCCGACACUGGUUCAAUGACGCUGCAACUCGACCAGCUUGUGCACAUGUUCACUAUGGAGGAAAACUGCACCAUGAUUUUCCGUUGCCCUGUACCAGGCCGCAUACUGCCGGAAGAUGCUCCAGAAAAAGUGUGUGAGAUUGUGGACAGCGAGAACUUGCCUCUAACCACCCUGCACACACGGGUGGACUACAACAGGACCAAGUACCCAGAACUGAACAGAGGAACGUACAGUGAGGAGGGAGACCCUAUCGUGGAGGUCAUAGCGGUCGGCAGCAUCACGAAUCGGCCCAUCAAGAUCCACUGUCACGUCAGCAACUACACGUCAGAGGACCUCAACGGACCGGUCGGACCUGUGGACUUCACCUUCAGGAUUAACGUCAAAUCCUGUCCUAAGGAUAAGUACGGGAAGAACUGUCGCCAGCCCUGCCGCUGUGAGAACGGCGCCUUGUGCCACAGCUUCACCGGCGCCUGCCACUGCGCACCGGGCUGGACCGGAGUCCACUGCAACGAGACUAAGUCCGAGGCCGGGAUCACCUCCAACAAGGGCCUGGUGGAACCUUCUUACGUCAGCGAAAACGUCACCAUGACGUGCAGGGGGUACAACCUGCAUGACGUCACCAACAUCACCUGGUACAAGGACGGGUCAGAGGUCAUCGGCAGCGACCGGAUCAACGUCACAGUGAGCUACACAAAUGAAAGUCAGUUGCAGUCCACCAUUGUCCUUCCCUACGUCAUGGAUGAUGACGAAGGUGUUUACUCCUGCGUUGCCAUGACAGAGCAAAAGGUCGAGCAUAAAGCAAACAAGAGUAUAACCGUUAAGGGUUGCCCGGAUGGGAUGUACGGAGAGCAGUGCGAGGAGACGUGCGACUGCGCCGCCCAGUCCACUUGCUACCGGUACCGGGGGUGCGUGUGUUUGCCGGGAAGGACGGGAGAAACAUGUGAACAACUAUGUGACGAUCCUACUCUGGUGGAGCUGCAAGGCAAGAAGUGGGGAGAAAACUGCAACAACAGCUGUACGUGUGAGAAUCAGGGCCAGUGUGACAUCCAGUUCGGCAACUGUAGCUGCGGAAACGGCUUCACGGGGGAGAACUGCGAAUUCGACUGUCCGGACGGAACGUUCGGCAAUAACUGUACCGAGAACUGCACAUGCGCGGAGGGGGAGAUUUGCAGCAAAGUCACUGGAGACUGCUUGAAACAACCAUCGAUAGCAGACGAAGACUGGUUCAUUCCUGUCAUGAGUUUUGCCGGAGUUUUCGUCUUUUUGGUGGUGAUCGCAAUCUACCUGACUGUCAAAGUGCGCAGGCGCAAGGCAAAGAAGUACCUCAAGCUGGAAGGGGAGGAGGACACACUGGAAGUCGUGAAGCGCGUCGUCCAAGAAGAGAACAGCUCGUCCUUCCGGCAGGUGACGGUGGAGGAGAUCCUCACGUGGGAAAUCUCGCGAGAGGAGGUGCUGACGGAGAGGAUGCUGGGACAGGGCGCGUUCGGGGAUGUUCUGCAGGCUCGCUGGACACGCGGCGCCAUGCAGGAAAGCGGGAACGGCAUCACUGUGGCUGCCAAGAAGAUGAGAGGUGGGUAGUGAAGGAAGGAAGGA